AUGUGGGGGGGUCCGGACGGUCCAGAGCCCCCCCUGCCUUGCAACAACCCCUUCGACAUGCUAACCGAGAGUGGAAUGGCGCUACUCAUGGUGACGAUUUUGAAGAUGCGGCCGCGUUCAGUGGCCCACUUUGGGCUUCAAUGCUCCACGUGGAGUAUAAUGUCAAGGGGGAGCACUUUGAGAACUUUCUUAGCUCCCCACGGAGACACUUCGAAGAUUGGAGUUCAAUCAGGGAACAAGAUGGUGAGUCGGUUCUGCCUUCUGGCAAUUCUGAUGUCAGCGUUACAGAUAUCGUGGACGCUUGAGCAGCCAAGCAAUAGCCUCAUGAAUAGGCACAAGCGAUUUCGGCAAUUAGCCAAAUCUCUUUAUGUACGUAAAGUUCAGUUCUGGAUGAAGAAGUGGGGGUCAAGUACGCCCAAGAGAACUGUGGUCUACUCGAACGAUGCUUCAAUAGUGCGGUUUCAGACCUCAAAGUUGACCAAAGAGCAGCGGAAGGGUUGCCGUCAAUUGGUGAAGCGUAGCAUAGGUAAAGAUGGCAAGCCGAAGUUCAGCGGCAACAAGUUUCUGAAGCGAUCAGAGCAAUAUCCCCUCGGGUUUGCACUACGCUACUUGCAGAUCUUUGAGGAGCUGGCUACCAAUGAUGAGCAUCGAAGAGUGGAGCACAAG